AUGUUAAUGCGACAUGCUGUAUAGAAAACGACGCUAAGCAGCAGUUGCAGCUGUCAGCACUGCGAGAGCAUCAACGCCAAGGACGACAUCGACGACUUCCACGCAAGGAAUACGAAAACAGCAGAUGGAUUUAUGAGAAGAAGUCGAAGUAAAUGAAGGUUUAUCACCAAGAGGUUUCAAGAUCCGACAAGGUGGGGAAUGGAAGCUUUCCGAGGUCAUGUUUUUUACCGAAGUGACUAACAGAUGGGUAGCACAUAGCGUUGACAGAAAUCAGGAGAUUAACCAACCCCUCAACUACUAUUGAUGUACCGGCGGCGAAUCAAUAUACGGUAUGGCGUAAGGAGAGCUACAGUCUAGCGAACUAAAGCAGUGACGAUAAAUCCAGAGGCAACACGUGUUCAAACUGUGACGUCAGAAGCAGGGAUCACGUGCUGAGAUUGUGACGGCCGGAGGAAAAGCUGCAAUCGAAAAAAAAACGUGAUGUUCAUCUACUAAUAUUGUGAAUAUACAAGUCACCUUCGCUGACUGGCACCAAUGCCACACACGAAAGUCACAGUCAUGGAGGAAGUGACGUCACCCAGUGAUUCCCAAGAUAAACCCAAUCCGGGAGAACUCACCGACGCAACAGAGCACGCUCAACGCGAGACAACCACAGACAGAGAGCUAAAUACGGAAGAAUUUUCAAAAAUGGCGGACAACUUCUGUAAAGAGUUAAAGUCAAUAUCAAAGGGACCUAAGAUUCCUCUUCCAAAUGGCGGAUCUACCAAAACAUCAACAAGCAGACGACCAUCAAAUCCGAGAAACAUGAUGAGAUGCUACAGCGGCACCUCUUUACAGCAAAAGUCAAAUACAUCGGCGCCGUCGACAAACGCACCGAAGCGAACUCCAAGCCUCGCGGGAUCUCAGACCCCUGGGCAGACGAAACAGCACAGGAAGGGGUCCACUACUAGCACUGCCUCGGUAGCUGGGCGGGCAAACUCUAAACCUCUUCCCCGUCGACAAAACAGCUCCCCGGCUGUUCUGAGGGUUGGAGCCCAAACUACCGAGUCGACGCAAAAAAUGUCGCACAAUUUGCAUGCAAAAAUAACUGGACAAAAGCAAAGUGGUGCUAAAUCCACUAUGGCUAAUGGUCGGUCAUCUCCGUCUGUUUCUGGCAUGUCUACGGGGCGUCGGUUAUCAACGGGAUCUUCGACCACUCUGACGCAAGCUGCACGGCCUUCUACGCCAAGGCGGGGGUCCACUCCUAAAGCUACCUCUACAAAAUCAACGUCACCUACACGUAAGACUGUCUCCCCUAAGUCGACAUCACCGUCUCGUGCGUCUUCCUCGCGAUCUGCGUCGAGUCGUCCAUCAAAACCUACGGCCACUGUAAGGCCCACAAGAAUUCAAACUGCAGAGAACAGCAAAAUAGCUGUGUCAUCGUCGUCGUCGUCUGCGCCAUCAUCUGCAAAAGGCUCAAUGGCGUCCGAUCCCUGCUCAAAUGUUAACAGCAGGUCCGCCAACACUAACUGUGAUACACAAAUGCCUAGCUCCCAUGUUGUUCAAUCUGGAAUAGGCAAUAACCCCAAAAUAACAGUAAGUGCAAAUAGCAAUGCCAAUACACACGCAGAAUCAAAUCAGCCCGGGAAGAGUAACGCAAGUGACAAUGCAACCUUUGUAUGUACACCCGGACAACAUAUAGUAAUCCCCUCCUGGGAGAGCGGGCAGUACACCAUCGUCGUUGGCGCCAAUGGCGAUAGUUCGGUUAAACCAGCAAAAGAAGCUGAAACCGUUGGUACAGUUAAGGAAAACGCCUACGUCGACGCUGCCGCGCACGCUACUUCCAGCUCUCAAAUGACACGUAACAUUGCUUCAAUUGUCAUACCCAUAAAAGGAAGCCCCAGCGAGUCUUGUCCGACCGAUAAUACACCUGAUGCUCUUAUUGUACCAACCGUUCCAGUUGAAAAGAAAAUGGCGGCUGUGGCUUCUAAAGCUGGGGAAAUUAAUGCAUCUGGUCCAAAGACACCGACCAAAGCCUUAGACACGCGUCCUAGGCAACACAUUAUACUUCCGGUCCAAGAAGGAACGCUGAAAAAAGACUCGUUCAAAAUUGUUGUUGACCCCGAGAAGGGCGUGCAGAGCAUAUACACCUCCAAUGGGAAAAAUCUGGCUGUUAGUGAGAAUGUGAACUUUCAUAAGAACCCGGAAGGCGGUUUUACGUUGACUCUUCCUACGGCAAUGCACAAUGCGGUAGAGCAGUCUGAGAAAUGCUCGCCCGGCGCUGAAAAUACUUUUAACAAUAACCUCGAUGAAAUAGACAUAACAAAGUCAGUGCACGAAAAGGAAGUGCAGGGAAAGUCACCUUCGUCCCUCGUCGUAGAAAACCCAAAAUCUACCAAUAGUGAGACAUCUGAGAAACUCGGUUCAAAGGAAACGACCCUCGCAUUAGAUCAUUCAGAGGAGACAACAUUAGAUGAUAACGAUGCAGUAGUGGAGGAAAUCGAAAUCGAAAGUGAAAUGGACCAGAGAAUAAGCCUUCUCAGUAGUUCUAUCUCAGGGAUCAUAGCAAAAGCUACCAAUGAUACGUGUUUGUAUGAUUUAGGACGGGUCGAAGGGUCGGCGGAAUUCACUUGUUCCUCUCAUGAAACAAUCACUGCUUCUCAAUUAGUGAGUCGUGACGUCGCGUCCUUUGAGGACGAUUCUAAAGUGUCAGAGAUUAAGAGUACUCAUUUGAGUACUCAUUUGAGUGACUCCUCUUUAUUUUCUGGUUCCUUAAAACGUGAAACUGAAAGUAUUCGUCACGAAAAUCGAUCCUCAAUAGAAGUCAACACCUCACAUAAAAAUACUCAACAAUAUAAAGUAACUUACGUGGGAGCUAGCUCUGACAAUAAAUCUGAAAGCAAACUGAUAAACAGCAGCAAUGACUUCACCGUAAAAAUAGACGGCAUCAUAAACAAAACGACACAUUUGCCCCCAGUGAAAGAAAGUAAAACAGAAGCUCCUGAAGAUGGUGACUUGGACACAACAGACCCAUUACUACAGGUUAAACAAAUCCUGUUGGAGAGUGGACGGUUAAAUCCCCCCAAGCCGGCCCCUCACUUAUCGUUCCUCUCCGUACCAGACCCCGACGAGUUCAUCGGCUUCAAUCUCUCGGUACGUUCCAGAAGCAACAGCAGAGGAUCUACGUGUAGUGAGUACGAACCGGUCGCCUCCUUCAACAUCACAGAAGAGGCGUUCGACGCUGCGUCUCUUGAACUGGACUGUAACUCUGAGAGCGGGUCCGUUAGUAACCUGUCCGAGACCGACAGUGUCAACAGCAGCAGCGCCCUCUAUCAAAGCGGGGAGUGCGUGGGUGGUAACAAUAAGAACCUGAGACGCAAUAAAAACUUUAGCGGCUUAACUAUAGACGUCCCUGACAUCUGGAGCUCGGACGAUGAAGAGCCGAAGCGGAGUCGGUUCGACGAUGAUUUCAAUUCGGAUGAGGACAACGAGGAUAAUAAUGAGGAUGAGAUUGAGGAAAACAGGAUGCCGAGCCCGUUGAUGUCGCCCGGAUUCGCCCCAAGUGAAUUUUGGACCAAGGCUAUUACGGACUUUGAGAUGAAGCACGGGAACUUAGACCAGUACACCUCCAUGAGUUCUUUAACCAGUACUCACUCUCGCAGAUCCUCGAUUGGGAAUCUGGAGCAGUAUUCAUCAAUGACGUCACUGUGCAGUAGCACUCCACGACGUUCAGCUUCCAAGACGAUCCGAUCCAAGCUUCGGUCGGGAAGUUUGAGAAGUUCCACGGAAUCCCUUCACAGUGCGAGUUCCUGCGAAUCCUUAAACGGCAGUAAUCACAGUUUAGAUGUCAAUGAGAACUUUGAGCGGCCUCGACUUGGCAGCUUUACCAGGUCUGUUGUCCAUUCCAUCCCAAAGCUGGUCGUAGAACCUCCAGAAACUGAGUCUGACGACGAAAGUGACAAGAGUCUCGGCAACUCUGAAAUUGCUAGUAACAGUAGUAGAAACGGUUCCAAUUUACCAGGGACAAGAAUAUCGCCAAUAUCCUUAGAAAAUUAUAACCUGAACCGCUACGACAAGGACGCGGACAACGACCUUGACAGGUUAAAGAUGAUGACAACCAGAAUGAGGCUGCAGACCAGGCGGCCCAGCUAUCAGGAGUGGCGGGAGGAGUACAUCGAGAAGCCUCUCCUCGUGCACCUGCGCCAGCGAAAGGAUUCCUCCUCGUUACAGGACGAGGGGAUCACGGAUGAGAAGGACCGCAGAGAAGAGAUUAAUAAGGCUAUUGAGUGGCUGAGGAAAGAGCUGAUGGACAUGAAAAAUCUCGACCAAGAGCUGGCCCGGAAGCUGAUCACCAUACAACACGAUAUACGUCAUCUCAAGCUGGCCAAGAGCUGUGACGAGCACCAAGAACUCCUUGAUGACGUCAGAGAGGAGCUGGAAGACCGCGACCAAGACCGGACCUCUCCGCUGUACGAGUUUCCACUUCUCAGAAUAAACGACACCCCUCUAGGUCAAGUGGGUGUUACUAGAAUGAACCUUAGUAGGCGACGAUUUUCAUGUUGCUGAGGACAGUGAAUAAAUUGUUGAUGGCGUACAUAAGUUAGGAGAUAUGAUGACGUCAUAUGUUCUGUUUCCGGUCUCCAUUAUGAUCUGGACACGUUGUAAAAUAGUACUUGUGAUAUAUUUGAAGAGAAAAGCGGAAUGCUGAUCACUACGAAAAGUACGCAUCCCUUGAACUUCCAUUUAGAUUAUAAAAUGUGCUGGACACAUAUCGUAAGAAUUUCUGGAUUCAUGUUUCAAAAAUUUCUUUUCAAACUAGUUUCCUUGAGACAUCUAGAAUGUAAACCACUCUUUUUAAAUCAAACAACGAGGUUGAUUUAAUUUGACUUGUUUCUGUUUUGCUUCUUUAUAAUAGUUAAUUGAUACAUAUGAGUAUAGAAAUAUGAAAGGUAAUUAAUGGUAGCAAAGUGUUUUAAAAGUUGAUCCAUAAAACAGUGAGAGUCGUAAUGAUGGCUCAAACAGUUAGUUGUGAUAGU